AUGAGCCGCCACUUCGUGGUGGGCCUCUUCCUCCAUACAUACCUUGCGCUGGGGAUCGUUCGGGUCCACAAUGAGAAGAUGGGCAGAGUGUCCAUGGACAGGAUGGGCGCUUCCGCCGAAGCGUCCGCUGACCUGCUCUUCAGGCGGACCUACGCGGCCGCCGACUCGCUCUUCAAGAGGGUCGGCCUCGACAAGACGUACGGCAUGAGGCCCGCGGAGUUCUCAGAGGUGAUGGAGAGCAGCUGGCCAACAUCCAGCAACGCGAGCUGCCAGGACGCGCAGCCCGGCAGCAUGUGCUACCACGCAGCGGCGUGGCUCCAGGACAAGGGUGUGGUGAAUCACCCCGAGUGGUACCCGUCGCUCAGCGAAGGGUCCACCAUGCAGGAGGUGCAGUUCGUGCUGUAUGCAAUGGGCAAGGCUUUCUGCCCAAUGCCCUGCCAGGCCCGCUUCGCAAAGCCGGUCGAGGAUUCGCCAGACGACAGGGUGCUCGAGGUCGAGGGCGGCCGGCAGGUUGAGAGCGAGGCCUACGAGCUCUCGGAGUCCGAGCAGUGCGGCGACAUUCAGGAGGGCGACUGGUGCUACCUCUCCAUCAUGUGGCUGAAGCACGUCGGCCUGGAGAAGCAUCCGGACUGGUACCCCACGCUCAUCCACGAGUCCAGCGCGCAGAAGUUCCAGGCCGUGCUGCAUGCUGAGCACAAGGUGGGCUGCCCGAUGCCCUGCUCGUCGAAUUCCUCUGCCCUAGCGUCCGUGGUUGAGCAGGUGGCAACCACCACUGGACAGGAUGUCGCGCGGGCUGUGGUCAGCCCCUCUGUCAAGAGGGUCGACGAAACUUGGACGGAGUGCAACAACGCGCGUCUAGGCUCCCAGUGCUACGAGGCGAUCACGCAUGUCAUGAACGAAAGCCUCUGGAAGACCCCGGAAGAGUUUCCCGAGCUCAGCCCUGAUGUUACUCGUUCCGAGGUCCAGGAACACCUGUACCUGCGUGGGCAGUUCGGCUGCGACAGGCCCUGCCCCCAGGAGCAGAUCAAGAAGAUCUACCGAACUGAGCGCGUCAAGAAGAGUGCGGACGACAUGACCGUGGAGGAGCUGGCGAGGUACCUGACCCACGAGUGGGACGGCUACGUUGACGCCGACGAGUACACGAGCCGUGUCGCCACGCACGUGGUGUCAGACAAGGAGCGCGCGUUCGAGGAGUACACGAAUGCCGUCGCCGCGAACGGAGCCCCCGCCAAGGAGGAUGCGGAGGAUGCGAACGCCUCCGCCUCGGCGGGCGUUCUCUCCGAGGAGGACUACCUCCCCUCCGAGUCUGAGAAGGACGUGGUCCAGGAGCCCUCGGGGGCACGCCUCCCCGCCGGGGACGCGUCUGACGAGUGCCGCGACUCGUUGACUGGCGAUGUGUGCUACUCCGCAGUGACCUGGGCCCGGAGGGUGGGCAUCCUGCAGCGCCCCAAGUUUUACCCUGGCCUCUCCGAGAACUCCACCUUCAAGGACUUCCAGGCGCACCUCCACAAGGUGAGGGGCAGCAUCUGCCACAAGCCAUGCCCGGACACCGCCGGGGCGCCGCCGCUCCUCUGGGCCGACGGCGCGUGGGCCCGCCGCCUGCCGGACGCCCUCUCCGCGGAGGACGGCGCCGCGGCGGAGGAGAAUGCGACGGCGGCAUUGACUCCCGUGGAGGCGGCGCCGGCUCCCGUGGCGGCGGCGUUCCCGGAGCCCACGUCGCAAAUUCCAGAUUGGCAGAACUCCACGCUCAACUCCACACUCGAGGAGCCAGCUCAAGAGCAGCCGAUCACCGAGGAAGAGAUCCUGCAGGAGAACAAGCGCUUGCGGGCGGAGGUCGAGGCGCUCACGACGUCGGAGCCGCCGCUGGAGUCGCAGCGCUCAGACAGGCGCUCGAAGUCGAAGCAGGAGCUGGGCGCCACGGUGGAGGCGACUGUUGGCUUUGGCUUUUCGGAGGAGUCGCUGCCAUUUGUCGACCAGGAUGGCCAGGGUGCCAACUUAACGGUUGAGGAGCCCGCGCCACAGCCGGAGGCUGCCGCGGAGGACGAGGACGAGCGGUUGGCACGGGAGGAGUUCGAGAGGCAGGCGGAAGCCGAGCGCCAGCUGGAGGCCAAUUCCACAGUUCAGGAGCCAGCGCCACAGCCAGAGGCUGCCGCGGAGGACGAGGACGAGAGGUUGGCACGGGAGGAGUUCGAGAGGCAGGCGGAAGCCGAGCGCCCGCCGCAGGCCCACGUCACCAAAGAAGCCACCGCCGAGGAGCAGCAGGUGCCAUCGCCAGACGAGCAGCAGGCGCCGCCCGAGAUUACCGAAGAAGCCAUGCAGCAGGAGAAGUCGGAGGCGGAGGCCGUUACUUUGAAGGAGCCACUGCCGAUGAUUGACGGCGACGGUCGGGAGGCCGAGUCCGCAGCUGAAGAGCCAGCGCCACACCCAGAGGCUGCCACAGAGGAUGCCAAGUCCAGCACGAAGGAGCCAGCACCGCAGUCAGAGGCCGCCGAGGAGGCUGCUGCGGAGGCCAAGGCGGCAGAAGAGGCUGCGAAGGCUGCGUCGGAGACCAAGGGUGCAGACCAGGCCGCCGAUGUUGCUUCAGAUGCCAGUGCCGCGGAACAGGCUGCGAAAGCUGCCGAGGAGCCAACGCGGCAAAGGAGGAGGCGGCGAAGGCUGCCGCAGAGGCCGAGGCGGCCAUGGAGGCGGCGAGGAACGCCGCAGCGGCAAAGGCUGCAGCUGCGGCCAAGGCCGCAGAGGAGACGGCGAAGGUUCUCGCGAAGGCCAAGACUUCCGAGGAUGCUGCUGCGGAGGUCAGAGCUGCAGCGCCGCCAGCGCCAGCCGCGAUCACAGAAGACCGCGUUGACAAGGGGCGGCCACAACCUUCUCCUCCGCCGACAGCGCCCCCGACAUUGGAGCCGACGCCAGAGCCGACACCCGAGCCGACAUACUUUUAUGAUGGUCCAGGCAUCACUUGCUCGUGUCACGUGCCGGCCUGCUUCCAGACCUACGACCUGA